AUGGAUGUUGUUAAUACAUUGUCGAACAAGUGUUCUGGGAAGGACAUUUUCUAUAAGGUCGACUGCACAGAUUUGAAAUGCCGACUGUGUGGAACCAGAUUCAAUAAAGUAGAGGAUGUCGCUAGACAUCUCAAAUAUGAUCACGAUCGAAGAAUCGAUCUAAACAGCGGAAACAGGAUACAAGUUUACAAACUGACCGAUGGUGAAUAUAACUGCGCUAUUUGUAAUAAAAAUCUCCAUAGCUUGAUCAGUCUAUGGAGGCACACGGCUGCGCACUACAACAAGUAUACGUGUGACACAUGUGGAAACAGAUAUUUGGCAUUUGGAUCGUUGAAAUUUCACAUUCGCUCCGUUCACUCGAAACCUAAUUGCAGCAAAUGUCACACUGAAUUUGAGACCAACGAAAUGCUGCUUGAACAUAAUAAAAUCAGUAAAGCGUGCUGGCAUUUCACUUGUGUGACUUGCGGAGAGAGGUUUAGAUCGUUCAAAGAGAAACAAUCGCACGCAGAGAAGGUGCAUAAGAAGGAAAAGCUGGUGUACAGGUGCGCGAAGUGCGAUAUAAUAUACAACACUCACCGGCAAUUUUAUCAACACAGCAUUGUGAUGCAUUCGAAUGAUUAUUUCAUGUGCUCGUUUUGUAGUAUGAAGUUCGGCUCGAAACAUACAAUGAGACAGCAUAUGGCGACCCACACUGGGGAGAAGAAGUUUGAGUGGCUAAGAAGAGUUAAGGAUAUUGAGCGGAAAAACCCAAAGAGAUUAUUCGAAAGAUCCGUUAACCAGAACCCACAACGCAGAAACGCAGUUCUCAUUCUAAGACAUUCCACCGCUAUACCGUUUAAAACUAGAUUUAAUAGAAUCAUUUGUUCAUAUUGUCACGAUGAAUUGGAUUCUAUGGAUAAUUUAAGAACACACAUAUCUGAUAAUCAUAGUAAUGCAGAUUAUAAUAGCGCGUUUUACAAAGUAGUAGAUGAUUUAAAAAUCGAUAUAAGUAGAUUUAAAUGUAAUGUUUGCUUGGAUAGUUUUGAUGAUGUGGAAAGAUUUAUGAAUCACAUAUCAAGUAAUCACGGUAAAGUUGUGAAUUUCGAUGUCCCGUUCGGAGUGUUGCCAUUCAAGCAAAACGAUGCCGGCCUCUGGGUUUGCUUUGAAUGUGAUAAGUUAUUUCGUGAUUUUCCUCAAAUUAAUUGCCAUAUACGAUCCCAUUUAAAGAUUUACACCUGCGAAAAAUGUAGUGCUACCUUCCUAUCUGAACAUGGAUUGCGGCAGCAUGAAAGAAAUUUAAAAUGUUAUACAUCGUCGUAUAAACCACGUUUUGGUAAAGCGAUCAAACAGAGGAGUAACACAGAGAUAAUAUUGAAGUGUUCGACAGCGUUGCCUUUCCGAAUUUGGGGUCAAAAUUUCAAUUGCAUGUUCUGCCGUGUUCAGGCUGGAAAUCCUAACGGAUUGAGGGCUCAUAUGUCAUCAAGACACGCGAAUUUCGAAAUUGGUCUAGUAUUCAAUAGGAGAUUAAACAACGAAUUCCUUAAAGUAGAUAUCACUAAUUUGCAAUGUAAGCUUUGCUUCAUGUCCAUUGAUAAUCUGGACGAGUUGUUGGCUCACCUUAAAAACGAUCACAAGCAACCUAUUAACUUUGAUGCUCAACCCGGCGUUCUACCGUUCAAGUUGAACGACGGUUCCAGUUGGCGUUGUGUGAUUUGCAAGAUGCAAUUUACCGAUUUCAACUCUUUGAAAAAACAUACGUCUGAACACUACCAGAAUUUCGUAUGUGAUACGUGCGGGGAGGGUUUCGUUACUGAUGGCGCGCUGAGGGCUCACAAAAGGAUACCUCACGACAAUAAAUACAAUUGCAGCCGGUGCAUUGCGACUUUUUCCACUUUGGAGGAAAGACGUGUUCAUAUGAAAAGCCAGCACACUAGCAUGCCUUAUAUGUGCAUGCACUGUAAGGAUAAACCCAGAUUCGCUACUUGGGAGUUGCGCAAGCGUCACUUCAUGGAGAUACACAACUUUAAACCUGGAGCUGAUGCGUACGAAUGCACCACGUGUCAUAUGACAUUUAAGACUCGGUCGCAAAAAUACCACCAUAACGUCAAAUCGCACAGGUCUAAGAAGGACACAGACUAUGGUUUUCCAUGUGGUCAUUGUUCACGGGCGUUUAUGUCAAAGCUUUCUUUGGAUAAACACAUCGCGAAGAAGCAUUUUCAUCUGUAG